AAGUCGGUUUCACGUCCUGGCUGGCUCGACCUCUCGCGCGCCGCGGCAGAUCAUGCUCGCUCUGCCCGGCCUACGGCUCCUGACUCGCCUCUCGCUCCGGAGGCCUCCGCGGGCCAUCCGGGCGGCUUGUGCGGCGGCGGCGGCGGCGAAUGGGGGGAAGGCCGCCGGCCAAGGAGAGCAAGGGCCGCCCUUCGAUCCCGGGCUGCUGGAGAUCCUCGUGUGUCCUCUGUCGAAAAAGCCACUCAGAUAUGACAAGUCCACCAAUGAGUUAAUUAAUGAAGAACUAGGCAUAGCCUACCCCAUCAUAGAUGGCAUUCCUAAUAUGAUACCUCAGGCAGCAAGAAUGAUUGGCAAGGAGAAGCAGGAAACAGAAUCUGAGCAGACCUAG